CCACCCUCUCUCUCUCCUCUCCGCCUUUCCCUCUCUCCAUUAUGCAUCUCUCUCUCCUCUAUUCCCAACCAAUCUCCGGUCGAGUAUGACGAAGAUAGGCGAUGAUGAAUGGCGAAGUCCGGGCAGGUCUGGAUCUCGCCGUCGACCGACGAGGAUGAGGAAGGUCGUCGACCCAUCGCAGCCUUCUUCAUCUACUCCACCUCCCCAGAUUCUUAUGUCCGCCCUUCAGUCCUCUCGAUGUCGCUGCUCCGGCCGAACUUCAGAGACCAUCAACGGGAGGCCCAAACCCCUGGUAGUUUAGGUCGGUCCCAAUUCAAAGUCGAUCGAACAUCUCGUCCCCGAAUCUGGCGCUACCAUAGGGAGCAUCAACCGAAAGAGAUCGACUUAUGGUGAGGGGAAAACUUGGAGCUCCAGAUCUAAUUAAUUCGAAUCUCAUUUUCUUCUCCUCUUUCCAUCUCUUCUCUCUCCAAUAGCGUGUCGGUCGCUCUGUCUUUCGCUAUGGGUCUUCGAUUUGAUACACAACGUGGAGUGUGGGAUGUCAUCGCUGCCGCUGCUACUUGGUCGGCAAGGAACAUAAUCAUAUUGGAGCUAGCUCGCCGGGGUUGGUGUAGUUUGUUGGUUCGGCGGCUGCGCUUUCAAUUUCGAAUUUCAUUUUCUUGGUGUUCAGAAAGGUGGGGGGGUUUAGAGUUGGAUUUGACUGGUAGGGGUUGUUGUUGAAGUUCUUGGGGAGGAGGAAGACAAAACCCAGAUAGAGAGAGGGGGGGGGGGGGGUUGGUUCACAGGUUGGUUAUGGGUUAGCUUGUGGUUAUAUGAUGUGAAAUUUUUUAAUGAUGUGGUAGGUUGAAUUUUAAUUUUUUCGGAUUAAAAUUGAGUGACUAGGUAUUUCUGUUAGCCAUGUCAGCAAAAAAUUGACGGAGUUAACAGAGAUUGACGGAAGGUAACGGAGAGUGACCAAACUUGAACCAUUUAACUAAUUUGAGUGACCAAAAUUGGAUUUAAAUAUUUCCAGUGACCAACCAUGCAAUUAACCCAAAAAGAAAAUGAAUAACUCAAUUUUAUUAUGAAAUAACAGAAAGAUAGAAACACCUACAUUAGUCUACUAUACUAAAGAGAGUGAGAUGCCUAGUGUAACCAGUGGCGGAGCCAGAAAAUUGACUAAGGGGUGUCUUUAUCAUAUCAUAAAAAAUCACAUAUAUAAUAGAAAAGUUAACUCUAAAUGAAACAAAAAGUCAACAACGCAAUACUCAAUAUUCAUACAAUUAUAUAAAAAUAGUUUCAUAUACACCGGUUAUAACGUCAAACAAAUAAGUUCAGUACAUACAAGUCAAGACUUCCAUUCAUCAAAUAUUGCAAAUUAGAACUCAGAAGCAUCUUGGAAUUGAUUUUGUGAAACAAACAAGUGAACUUCAAUUGGUACUUCUUCACUUUCAGCUUUGCUUAAACAAAAAACAACAAUUUAUUAUUAUAAAUAAAAACGAAAGUGCAUUGCAUAACAAAACUCACUCGGUUGAGAUGGUAAGGAAUUCUUCAUGCAAAUAAAUGGUCACUGGUUCAAUUUUGUAUAUACCCUUACUGGGAAUCUUUUUUCACCCCUCCUCUCCAAGUGGCUCCGCCACUGAGUAUAAGAAAUUAUCGCGAAAUUACAUGUACAAUCAUUUGGACUCAGUUGAGUCGGGCCCAACGAGUUCACUCAAAUUGGACUUAAACCAAUCCAAACCCAAGCAAAACUUAAAUUCAUUAAAAAUGUACCUUUUGAUCUAUUUGAAUCCGACCUAAUACUCGUACGGGUUAUGACAAUUGGAUCAAAUUAUUGGUAUUAUCAUUUCACUGUUUGAUUCCCAAAUCAAUCUCUCCUUCUGGAUGGCAACAUAUGUUUGCAACUGUUCAUCAUACUAAUGAUCUGUUUGUAUAGUGCACUUGGUUUUUUUUCCCCCGGUAAUUUAGUGCACUUGAAUUUAAACAAACAACAUUGGUCUAGUUUACAAACAAUUUGUAACGUAGUAGAUUGUUGUAAACCACGCAGACAACUACAAAAAGUUUGGCUCGCGGUUAUUGACUUAUUGUAACACGCUCUGCAGAUCGGAAUUGCCGUCAUUUCUUUGACAAUUGGCAGCACUGCCGAAGAAAAUCCUAUGCCAUGC